CCUGGCGGCAGAGCUUGGCGCUGGGUUUGGGGGUGCUGCAGCUUCCCGAGCUGCCAGCCGGAGCUCCGGGCCACCCUGUGGCCCUUUUAUGAGCGGGUGUCCCGGCGGGGCCGGCGCCGGGAGCCGAUUGGCUCCGCAUCACCGCGCCGCUUCCCGGCGGCGUUUCCUCCUCCCGCGGCCAGGUAAACCUUCCCGCGGCCAGGUAAAGCCUUCCCGACCGCCACCGGCCUCCCACCAGCGCAGCUCGCUCCGCCUCGCCUCAGGGUUUUUUUUUUUCCCUUCCCCUUCGUUGUUCUCCCCUUUUCCCCCCCUUUUUUCCCCGUUUCCCGGGCCCGUCCCCGUGCGGGGCGCGGGGGGAUGAGCAGCGGGCUGGUGGACGCCGCGGUGUUGGCACCGCUCAAACCCGUCAGCAUGUCCGGGGACCCCAGCGAGGACACCCCGGUCUUCGAGGACAUCAAAGCCCCCUCCCGGCCCCUGGAGACCCCUCCCGACCUGGCACAGCUGCACCCCAUGAGGAUGGACCAGCGGAUGCCACCGCUCAUUCUGGAGGCACGCUCAGAGAUGGACAAGUACCUGUCCGGCGAGGCGCCGCCCGUGCCGAUGCUCCCGGACAAGAAGUACCGCCGGGAGAGCGCCUCGGUGGUGGACGAGUUCUUCUCCACGGAGAAGCCCAGCUCGGCGCCCUACAGCGUGAACAUCAACGUCAUCCUGCCCGACACCACCCACCUGCGCACGGGGCUCUACCGGCCCCCCAAACCCAUGGCCCCCUUCCCGCAGAUCAAAUCCGAGCCCGGCACCGGCUUCUCCCAGCCCUGCUCGUCCUCCUCCGGCCCUACACAGACCCUGCCCGACUUCACCAGCGUGUUCAGCAUGCCCCAGUCGGUGGCGGUCAACAACAUCUUCAUCAAGCAGGAGCUGCCCGCGGAGAUCCCGCUGGCCGCCCACCCGCAGCAGUCCCAGCUCUUCCAGCUGCCCCUGGGCGCCGCCAGCGCCGACAUUCCCAGCCUGGCGUCCUCCUCCAGCAGCACCACGGCCAUCAGCUGCCUCAGCGGGGUCACCAUGUCCACGGGCUCCGUGGCCAGCGUGGCACACAGACCUGUGCAGCCAGCAGGGCCCCUCAAGCAGUACCCACACGUGGCCCAGGGACAGGGGAGCUUUGGGAACAUCUCCGGGCAGUUCUACCCCACCCCGGGGGUGACUCUGCCCCCCUCGCCCCCCAACUCGCAGCCUGGCAGCCCCGAGAACCAGCCCGAGCUCAUCAACACCAUCUCUCCCCCGCCGUCCUACGAAGCCACUUUUGGACUGAAGCUGGUCCAGUCGUCCCAGAUGCCCCCAGUGCCCAACGGCGUCGGGGGCCUCUCCCAGGGGCCCGUGGUGAUGCAGCCCCCCAAGUACAACCGGCGCAACAACCCCGAGCUGGAGAAGAGGAGGAUCCACCACUGUGACUACGCAGGUUGCUCAAAGGUUUACACCAAGAGCUCCCACCUGAAGGCACAUCAGAGGACUCACACAGGUGAGAAGCCCUACAAGUGCACGUGGGAAGGCUGUGACUGGCGCUUCGCCCGCUCGGACGAGCUGACCCGGCACUACCGCAAGCACACGGGGGCCAAGCCCUUCAAGUGCCUGGCGUGCGGCCGCUGCUUCUCCCGCUCCGACCACCUGGCCCUGCACAUGAAGAGGCACCAGAAUUAGGAGCUGCCUCCCUUCCCACUUCUCCAAAAGCAGCUCAAACUCUUCCCCUGUCCCACGGAAGAGCCUGUACAUAGGAACGACCCCGCGCUGCCAUCGGCGAGGCGGCGGGACAGCCCUGCCAGCCCGGCCCUGGCGCUGUCUGGUUUUACGAGAGACUGGAACUCACCCAGCUCGCUUCAAACCAGCCCUGACUGCAGACUGAUCUCCUGACCAGGCUCCUGGUGGCACUGGGGCGCUGGAGCUUGGAUGCCCAAAGGUUUUCUUCUGGCAAUCCUGCUAUUUAUUUGUCACUCAGGAGCAACUUCGUGCCUCAGGGCCUUUUGGGAUGGGUUUUGGCCCUUUGGUGAGGCCCAGGAGGAUGUGACAGCUUGGCUGUGACAGCUCUCACUUGGACUCUCUUGGACAGUCCCAUGGCAUUGCCAUGGAUGUGACACUGUGUAACCGUGGACGUGGCACCUUGUCCCAUGGUGUGACCAUGGGUGUGGCACUGGUGCCAUGGUGUGACCAUGGUGUGACCUGUCCCAUGGCAUGGUCAUGGAUGUGACACUGUUCCCCAUGGUGUGACCAUGGAUGUGACACUGUCCCUAUGGUGUAACCAUAGAUGUGGCAUCAGUGCCAGUGUGUGACCAUGGAUGUGACACUGUCCCUAUGGUGUGACCAUGGAUGUGGCAUCAGUGCCAGGGUGUGACCAUGGAUGCGACACUGUCCUCAUGGUGUGACCAUGGAUGUGGCACUGUCCCCAUGGUGUGACCAUGGAUGUGGCACCAGUGCUGUGCCAGGACAGGAGCUGUGCCCAGGACUGUUGGCAGUGACUAUCCCGGUCUCUGCGGGGGCACAGAAGAACAGACCUGUGACAAACUCACCCUUCAAACAAGGGGCAGCACAAAAGCAGGUGACAUAAGUGUCACCUGUGUCCCACUCAGCCCAUUCCUGGUGGCCAGCUUGGGACUGUGAGCACCUGCCCUGCCUUGCCAGGUUUUUAUGGUUGUGUCCUAAGCAUUUCUGCUUCCAAGAGGAAUUUGGACUUUGGGUGUCUCUGGGAGGACCAGUGUGGGUUUGAAGCCACCCAGAGGACAGCAAAAGAGACAGUGAAGAUCUGGUGUCCCAGAAUCCACCAGUGGUGCCCUUCUCCAGAAUCCCACGAGGACUCGGUGGCUGCUGGUCCCACCAGGCCUGUGCUGUUGCCAUUCUAUCAGAUGGAAAAAAAAAAUCCCAGGGGAAAAAAAGCAUCUUGGAAACAAAUUCCAAUAAGUCCUGCUGUUCAGAGUGGAAUCACAUGACUACCUCACAGGUUCACCACCUCCAGCUCCCCAAGCUCCUUCCCCCAUUCCGUGGGAUGCACAUCCCUGUUCUCCAAAGCCUUCCAGGGGUGGAAUUUGGGCACAACAAGAGCCACUUCCAAGACCAGCUGUGAGCGUUGUAAAUAAAUCAGGAUCAAAUAAUGGGUCUGCUGUGUCCAGCAGAAUAUUGAUUUGUUCCACACCCUCCUUCUCCUCUCUUGUUUCUCCUUGGAUAAAUCUGGGUGACUCGUGGAUUGAUGUGUGGGAUGAAGGGACAGGCUGGACCAUGGCAUGGUUGGCUGGAAUUUGGAGGCCACUCUUCUCUGCUGUUGCCAGAGCCACUGCUGGGUUCCUGCUUGGCCUUUUCCGUGGAUAAACAGAGCCAAUCCCGUCGGUCUGUUUGACAGCAGAGGAGGGCAGGAAGGAUUUGGGGUCCAUGGUGUGCUGCUGGCUUUGGGAUGGACGAUGGUCCAGCUCUGCGGUGACUCUGCCCUGUGGCUCCUCAGCCAGGAGCCUCCCGUGCCACCAGGGAGGGUGGGAAUGCAGGGGCGAAAGCCAUGGAAUUGUUGGAUGGCUUUCCCAACAGUGGGAACAGUUUUCCAGCCCUUAGCACCAACCUCCAUGCUCCAAGAUGGUUUUUGGGGCAUCUCUUGUGGUUGGACCUCCCCAGGGCAGGAGCCAAACCCCAAGGCACAGGGUCCUCACAUGUGUCACCAUCAGCCCCCACAUGGACUUCUCAGAGGGGUCUUUUCACCCCCCUUUGCCUUUGGAGAAGGAAACCUCCUCUUCCCAUCCCUAAUUCCCCUCCUUCCCCACCCCGUGAUGCCGAUGGAGCCCAAAGCCAGUUUGCUAAACCAGUACAAAGCCAAACCCAUCAACAGGCAGCUUGAAAUCCGAGGGGAAUUGGACAUAAUUUUCCUGCUUAUCUUGGGAAUCUUUUUCCCUACAGCCUCUGCUUGUCCUCCCCUGGACUCUGUGUGUGUAAAUAUAUAAAUAUAUAAAUAUUUGUUUUCAUUUGAUGAGGGGCAGAAGUGUUUUAGCACUGACCCACUGCUCUGUAUGCAAACUCCUGAUAUGCAAAUGCUUCUCUAUGCAACAAUUUUUUGUUUUUAAAAAUGAAAACCACAGCAAAUCCUCAGCUUUUAUUUCCUUAUUUUUUUAUGGACAGAGUGGACAGCUCUGGGUUUGUAUUAGUGGCCAAGGGCAGCUGUUUUUGGGGAGAAAUCUGGGGAAAGGGGAGUGGUGUUGCUGGAGCCACAUGACAGUUGUGACAAAUGAAGGUCCCUCCAUCCCCGGUCCCCUGGGAUAUUUUGGAAAAGCUUUGCAAGGAGUGGAUCAAAUGCUGGAAUGUGAGUGCCUCAUCUCUGUUUGAUAACGGGGAGAAAAUUGCUGUAAAUAGGCCAAAAGUGCUGUGUGACUUCAUAGGUUCUUCCAGGUGAUCCUUUAUUAUCCAAGAUGAACACAAUGGGGAAGAAAUUGGGACCUGGAAAACGUGUAGGGGGGGAAGAGUUCUUUUCCUGGGAUGCUGUGAUGGUUACAGAACCCUCUCCCCCACUAAACUCCCCCAGGAAUAUUGAUCCAUCUUCUAUUUUGUAAUAAAAUUUUAUC